AUGGGCUCCCAGUCAUGGCGUACGUCGGGCGAACAGGACAUGGCCCAUGCCCGCGCCACUCUUCAGGCGGCUGUUGAGCAUCGCGACCCGGUCAAGAGCGGGUAUGGUCGAGCGGAAGAGAUUGUCGGCAAGCUUACGGGUUGCGGGGGAAUGAAACACGAGGGCGCAGCAAGCAGGGCUGCCGGCCAGAAAAAGGACCAAAAUAAACCGAGGAGCGAUUAA